AUGGAACCGGAGGACGAGAUCUACGAGAACGGCGGCGGGGAGCAGCCGCCCCCCCGGAGCAAGCCCAUCAUCAGCGGCGAGCAGCUCGACGUCGAGACCUACGCCAGCCUCUACAGGGACCGCACCAAGGUCGCGCGGCUCCUGUUCAUCGCCGACCGCUGCGACAACGGGGCGAUGCCGCUGGAGGCGCUGCGGAUGGAGGCCCUGCGGAUGGCGUACGACGAGAUCAAGAAGGGCGAGAACACGCAGCUGUUCCGGGAGGUCGUGAAUAAGAUCGGGGGCAUGCUGGGGGACAAGUACGAGAUGGACGCCGCCUGGUGCGAGACCGUCGAUCGGAGGGCCGAGCAGAAGAAGGAGAAGCUCGAGAACGAGCUCAAUUCGUAUCGAACAAAUCUGAUCAAGGAAAGUAUAAGGAUGGGUUACAAUGACUUUGGUGAUUUUCACUAUGCUCAUGGUGCCCUCGGGGAUGCUUUUAAAAGUUAUGUCCGUACUCGUGAUUACUGCACAACAUCAAAGCAUAUCAUUAGCAUGUGUAUGAAUGCAAUCUUAGUGAGCAUUGAAAUGGGUCAGUUCACUCAUGUUACAAGCUACGUCAGCAAAGCUGAACAAUCUCCAGAUGCCCUGGACCCAAUAACAGUUGCAAAACUACGAUGUGCUGCUGGACUGGCUCAUUUGGAGACGAAGAAGUAUAAGCUUGCUGCUCGUAAGUUUCUGGAAACUGGUCCCGAGUUGGGGAGUCACUACAAUGAAGUCAUUGCAGCUCAAGAUGUUGCCACAUACGGGGGACUCUGUGCUCUUGCAAGUUUUGACCGGACGGAACUGAAGAAUAAAGUGAUCGACAAUCUCAACUUCCGAAAUUUUCUGGAGUUGGUCCCAGAAGUGAGGGAGCUUAUUAAUGAUUUCUACUCUAGCCACUACGCUUCAUGCUUGGAGUACCUUGGAAACCUCAAACCGAAUCUGUUACUUGACAUUCACUUGCACGAUCAUGUGGAGACACUAUAUGACCAGAUCCGGCAUAAAGCUCUGAUCCAGUAUACGCAUCCUUUUGUGUCUGUUGAUUUGCGUAUGAUGGCCAAUGCUUUCAAAACCAGUGUUGCUGGGCUAGAAAAAGAGCUCGAGGCUUUAAUAACUGACAACCAGAUACAGGCUAGAAUCGACUCUCACAACAAAAUCUUGUAUGCUCGGCAUGCUGAUCAAAGGAAUGCCACUUUCCAACGGGUCUUGCAGACUGGCAGCGAAUUUGAUCGAGAUGUUAGAUCGAUGCUUCUAAGAGCGAAUCUUAUCAAAUAUGACCACAAUCUUAGGGCAUCAAGGAAACUUUGAGUUUACUCUUCGAGUCAUCCAAUGUACUUGAGCUUUACCAAGGAUUUUGAUGUAUAUUCACCUGCUAAAUUUAUCGGUGAUGGUGGAGGAAUCCUCCAGUGCUUUAACAAGGUUCUAUCCAAUGUCCAUAGCCACCAUCGAUUGGAUGAGGAUUUGAGGUCUCAUUUCCAGAAAAUAACAAUUGGCAUUUGUUUUCUUUACGUACUUUAUUAGUUCUGAUGA